UCAGGUGCAGCGAAUUAUGUCCGUCAAUUGAGGGCUUACGGUUACCUCAUAAGCCGAUUGAUCAAUUCAGAAUUGGGGCUUCACGCAGGGAGAUAGAUGGCAGGAGGACAUGGAGAGAGCUACACUUACAAGGGCGUGACUUUGCAUCAGCCAAAGCGAUGGCAUACGGUUACCGGAAAGGGCUUGUGUGCCGUCAUGUGGUUUUGGGUCCUAUACCGAGCUAAGCAAGAUGGUCCUGUAGUAUUGGGCUGGAGACAUCCUUGGGAAGGUCAUGAUGACCAUGGCCAUGGACACUAGACACUCAUUGAAGAGCUAAAAAUUAAAGUACAAGUGUUCUUGCUGGUUGUCAUAGGUACUGAAUGUUAUCUGGACAAAUUAGUUUCUUUUAUUCAAUAAAGAGCGUGUCGCAAGACAUUGUCAUGAGUGUAAUAAGAUUAACCCAACUCCAUUUGAAUGUGUUAGAUUCACAGCAUGGAUUUGACUUCGGCUGCGUACUUGUCUACGCUCUUGAACUUGUGAUUUUGUGUGAAAAAUCAUUAUCGUGCUCAAGUUGUACAAAUUAUUCUUUUGUUCUGUA